CAGGUUAAUGGCAUCUAUUUUUUCCAAAAUUCUGCAUGUUGUCCCCCUGAAUGGCACAAGCUCCUAUAGGUUGACCUCUUCAGAGAGUAAAAAUAAUUCACCCAAAAAAAUGAUUUCUGACCUCAUUCAUGCACUUGAAAACUUGUAUAACUUUUGUUCUUUGAAACACAAAAGAUGUUUUGAGAAAUGUUUCAGUGUUUUUUUUGUUGGGUUCUGCAGAAGACAUGAGGGUGGGUGAGUAAAUGAUGAGAUUUUACAUUUUUGGCUUAACUCUCACACAGAGAAUGUUGUGAAGAUAUCAGGGAUCUCCAUAUGAGUCUUUUGUCAUUUUGAACAUUCAUUGUAUUGAUGUUUGCAAUUUCAACUUUGCUGCAAAUUGUGCAAUUAGUUACAAAAACAGACCAGUGGGGCUAAAUGAGGUUGUAUGGGCAUUUUUUUCAUUUGAAUCACACUUCUAUUUCCUGAUACAGACUAAACGUCAUUUACACUAUAUUUUUAGAAAUGAUUAUAUGGAAACAAGGUCAUUCGACUUGGAGAAAAAAGAAAAGUAAGAAUUAACCAUGCUUCCCAAUAACACGAGUCAUCCACAAGGGGGCGUGUAACUUCCACAAAGAAGAAUCCAAGUGUUCUUGAAAUCGUUUUUAUGUUUCUUGGUAUUUGAUUAGUAGUCAGUUGAAUGACAAUCGACAACUACGAUCCCUGUACGUUUUUGAUUUAUUUGUUUAUUUAUAAUUUUUUCAGUAGACAAAGCAGUCAGCGAUUAGUCUAUCCUGAUUAGAAAAGUAACAGAUAUCAUAAUUUACUACCGAAUUUAACUCUGAGAAACCAAAAAACGUACCAGCAGACAGCUAAAAGAAGAGUAACUUAAACUGUUGUUUUCAACCAUUUUUUAUAUAUUCCUCCGAUGUUUUUUUUUAUUUAUUUUUUGUUAAUGUUUCUGGUUGGAUGGUUUUGCGCAGGUGAGUCGCACCUGUGCGCCUGGGGGAGGAGUCUGGAAACAUUUCUCAGCAAACUGCACUCCAGGAAUUCUCAUCUGUUGAGAUGCAAUGGAGUAACAUGACUUCACCUAAAUCAUCAUGUAAAGUAAAGCAGUGACUACCAAAGCUUGGAGAGCUGUAUUUCCUUUGGCCUUUGUCGAUAUGCAGACGCUUUUUGAUCUGACUGUUGUUCUCUUCUGUGUUACAGGUUAUGUGUGUGAUCUGAGCAUCUCCCCGACGCGGCCCGUGUCUGUUGAUGCUCUGGUGGGCAGCGAUGUGACCCUCACUGUAUCUCACAGUGGAGCAUCUCAGCCGGUGGUCACAUGGUUCAUGGAAGGUCUUCCUAUUAUAAUAUGGACCAUUAGUGACGACACGUCUCCAGAUGUUGCUUCGGAUCACUCCAGCGUUUUGCACGUGGACCGGAGCGGAUCUCUCACUUUCCGAAACGUGUCACUUAGUUAUAACGGAACAUAUACUGUAGAAAUGACUAAAAUAGGAGAGAUAAGAGUUAGCGCCACAUUUGAUCUCUUUGUUUAUGAUUUCAUCAAGAAUGUGUCCCUGCACACUGAUCCCCUUGAGGCCAUUGAAGGUGCACCUGUGUUGACGUUUUAUUACAGCACAAUGCAAGGAGACGCCAGAGAGGUGUGGUGGUCCUUUAAUGGAGUCCGGCUGGACAAUGGACCUCAUUAUUCCAUCAGUGGAAAAAACCUUACAAUAAACCAGCCCAGCAGAAACGACACGGGACGAUACGCUGUCGUCCUUACAAACCCGUUCAGCUCUGGGACACAUUACAGAAAUAUUACAGUACUGUAUGGACCAGAUAUGCCGGUUCUCAUGGUCAGUCCCACAAAAGCAGUCUUUGUUUCUGGAGAUUCUCUGUUCCUGUCCUGUGUGGCCGAAGGUCUACCGCCCCCCUCUGCCACAUGGAUUUUCAGCAACCGCUCCAUUCCCGCAUCAUCAGGAGGAACCGUCAAUCUCACAGACGUUACAACAAGCCAAAGUGGCGUAUACACAUGCGUGCUGAUCAACCAGAAGACAGGUGCACAGAUGAAGAGAAACAUCACCGUACAUGUCUAUGAAAUUCCCAGCGGUGAGCCACUGUGCUCCGUUCAGGCCACGAAUGAAAACCUGGGUCUGCAGUUCCUCUGUGUGUGGCCAGGGGGCGUCCCAGAAGCACGUUUGUCUUUCCCAGGCUUGAGCGUCAAUGACAGUGGAGAGGGAAACUUCAGUAUAACCCCAAAUGACACUCCGAAUUUAAAUGGAGAGGAAAUCAUUUGUAUAGCAGAUCAUCCUCUGAUUCAGACACAAUGCAGGAUCAUUCCCCGUGGUCCUGUAGAUUUUCUACCUGUUAUUUCCACCAACAUCAGCCAGGAUGAACAGACGACUGUUGUGGUCCACUGCAAUACCGAGGCCUCGCCCGAAGCCGUCGUACACUGGUUCAAAGAUGGACACGGACUGGAAGAUGGACGCAAAUAUCAGAUCAGUACGAACACGUCUCAACUCUUCAUCCGUGAUUUUAAUGUCAGUUCUACAGACCUCGACAUCUACACCUGCACAGCCAUCAAUCCUCUCGGCAGCAAAACCUCCAAUGUCACACUGCUCGGUCCUAAGAUCUCAGAUUCUAGUAUUGUCCUGAGUGACAAUCGAACAGACGUAACUUUGAAAUGGGAUGUGCCUCCUACAUCGAUCAUUACAGGCUUUGACAUCCAGAUGAAAGGCCCAGACCUCACUGGCUCUUCCCGAUCAGUAUUUCGUACCAUCCAGAUGAUGCCGGGCUUCACCAGGACCACAAACAUCUCCGGACUCGAGCCAAAAUCUUCUUAUUUCUUCAGGAUCAUCCCUCAAGCGGGAGGAACCACAGGAGAACAAUCCGAGGAGCAUCGGGUUCAACCAGAUGCUGGUCUCGGAAGUGCAGUCAUCGCUGGGAUCUCUGCUCCCUUCAGCAUCAUUCUGCUUCUCAUUGUCUUGGCUUUCAUCUACUAUGGAAAAUGUGACAGAAACCCCAGAUAUCCCAUAUCAAGAGCAGAGGAGAAGGUGAUCUGUCAGUCUUCUGUGAAUGAGCCUCAUCAUUGUCCUCCUCCUGAGUACAGACUCCAACCGGUACCUUCUCUCGACUCAAAACCGUAUCAAUGUGGCUCAUUUCUGCUCGCUGACUUUUUCUUGUGUUUUUUCUUGUGUUCAGCCUGAACGUUUGACUGCUUUGCACUACGUGAACACUCACGUGAGAAGAGCCACCACUGUGUGAUUCAUCAUCAUCAUCAUUUGUGAACAUGUGUAAUGUUACCCAGUAAAUUCACUGAUGGACUGAUUUUACAGCUGUAAACCGGUGUGUUCAGAGUCAAGAUCAUAUUUUUAUGAAGUUUUUGGAAACUUGCAUUCAUCAUAGAGUAUAAAUCAGUGUUGAAAACUCUCUCAUUAUCUUGCCUUGAUUUACAUCAGUGAGCUUAGUGGCCUAAUAAUGAUUUGACAUUUGAGGUGUCGGUGUGAUUUUAUGAGAAAUGUCAGAAACUUAUAAGUAG